AUGGCGAGUCCCGAGUAUGGCACUCCCGAAGAGGCGGAGGUGCCGCUGGAAGAUGCCGAUGUUUACAAGGCUACAACCAGCAGUGACUAUGUGGUCGUUCGCCGUGUGCGGUUGUUCCGGUCCAAGUUCAUCACUUUUCACAACAUAGAAGAGAACGAGGAUGACAACAAGCAAUGGAUCCUUACAUCGCAGUGUGAACUGUCGCCACGUAAUGCUUCAGAGAUAAGGGAUCCAUGCACUAAAUAUGUGCGACCUCGCGGGCAGUGGGCAAUUACUACUUUUGUAAAGCCGAAGAAUAUUGGCGCGCGGGGCCAGAGGGUUCGCCUGGGAUAUACGUCCUUCGCCUUCGGCUUCGAGGACGCGGAAGGCGCCCGGCACUGGCACACGCGGCUGUGUGAAUGUCUGGAGGGUAUCCGCGCGGAGAAGGCCGCGGCUGCCGCGGCCGCCGCCGCCGCAGCAGCGGCGUCCACGCUUGCUAAUUAUCCCUCCAGCCACGGCAGCGCCACCAACGCCGCCAACAGCAAUGCGAAUGUCAUCAGCGCCAGCGGUCCCAGUGCCGCGCCGCAAUCCGCGCCGCAUCAUCAUCAUCAUCUCCAUGGGCGACUCAGUCUGGGCAAUGGACCCGCUUUUGUUGCCUCCGCCGGCGCCAGCACCAGCAGCAACUAUGGCCGCGCCAGUAGCUCUAUAGUCACCGUGUCGGCUGCGGCGGUGGCGGCGGCGACGGCGGCGACGGCGGCGGCACCGUCGUCGACGGGGAGGGUGCAGGCGACGGCGACGGCGAGGGAUGGGAAGGUGGGGACGAAUAACAGCAACGGCGGCAGCAGCGAGGGUGGCGGUGGCGGCGGCGGCGGCGGUCAGCAGCCCCGUCUUGUUUCCGCUGACGGGCGCAGCGCAGUGGCCGCAGAGGCCGCGACGGGAGGGCCGCAGGGGAAUGGUCUCAGGGUGCUCUCAGCUGCCUCAACACCAGAGGAGUCCCCGCGGCGGAAGUCGGCAUCCGGGACAGCGGUGGCGCUGGCGGGGGUUAGCUCCACCACCCGCGGCAGCUCCUUCGCCGUCGCGUCGGCGGCGGCCGCGUCGGCGGCGGGGCUUCCGCCGCUGCCUCCUCCGGCAGCGGCGGCUCCGUCCGCUUCGUCGGCAGUAGCAGCAGCGGCGGCAGCGGCGGCGGCACCUUCGAAGCCAUCAGGGGCAGUCACAUCCGUACCGCUGCCGCCCAGUAGCAGCGACAGUGAGGGGCCUUAUGAGGAUUUGGAUGACGGGAUGGUGGGGGCCCCUGGCGGCGCGAUGGGUGGCGGUGGCGCCAUCAUGAGUUGCCGGCAGCCUCGGGGCACGUCUAGAGGCGAUGUGCACCACACUAAGCAGCGUUGGGUGCCGUACAAACAGGUGAACGGUGUCGCCAUCUACCACCGUCCCCAGACAGCCGGCGAUGCACAGGCGGGUGUAGGAGGGGAGUUCAUGGUGAGCACUGUGGUUCGCGGCAGCCCCCGUAGGUGCCUCACCGCCCUCACCUCCAACUGCGGCAACACCACCAUCCUGGGGCCUGCCAUCAUGCAGGAGGUGCUGCAGAGGAGGCAGGCGGUGGACGAAAAGGAGGUCCUCCGUAUCGUGCUUCAGGCUCCCGGUCUCACCGGGGCCAUCUGCGCACCCCGGGAGCUGGUGGUGGAGACGGUGUUUAAGACGGACGAAACGGGUCCGACAUUGGUGCUCAUGUUCAACAGCUGCGAGGUGCCUGCCAGGUUUGUGGAGCGGAAGGCAGGGGGACAACAACAACAACCAGGCCAACAACUAGGCCAACAACAAGGACAGCAGCAGCAGCAGCAGCAACAGCAAGCAGCCGAAGAGCCCGAGUCGUGCCAGGCCGCCUCGGAGGGCGGUCGCCGCAGCUGGUGGCGCCGGCCCGUGCUGGCACGUGUUCGUGGGGGUUACACGAUGGCUCCCCUGGAGGAGUAUUCGCUGGAUAACUCCCCGGAGGCGCUGGUCACCUGCAUCAUGAAGGUCGACCUGGGCGGUGUGUGCGGGGAGCGCAGCUGGGUACGGCUUGCCUCCGACCUGUUAGGCUGGACGGAUGCCUUCCUGGACCGAAUGCUCAUGGCGGUGACGCUUCUGAGAGACGAGGUGGAACAGGGGCGCUUCGUGGUUCAGCCUCUGAACAUGCUGGCUUCGUCCUCCCGGUUGAAGGAUCGUACCGAUCGCGAUGGUGCCGGAUUUUCCUCCGCCGCGGAUCUUCCAGGGCUGGGGGCUGGCGGGGGUCGGAGUGCCGAGACGAACAUUAACAACCUCAACAACAACAACAGCAGCGCCACCGCCAGCAUGACAGCAUGUAAUGUGCUGGUGGCGGCCUGUGGGGCCAGCCGGGCGAUGCGCCGCAGCUCCGCAGCGACGGCCACCACGACGGCGGCAGCGGCAGCGGCGGCGUCUAGGAGGUUCAGCCUCAAAGAGGGUGAUCGCCCCAGCUUGGUCGACGCUACGACGGCUGCCGCCGCCGCCGCCGCCAUCGCCACCGAGACGACCAACGUCAGCUCUCGUACUCGCAUUAGCAGCGUAGUGGAGAUGACGGGAAAGCUUGUGGAUGGCGAGGAAGGGGAGGAGGGAGAGGCGGCGGUGGCGGCAGCGGCGGCGGCAGUCGGGGUGCAUGGGUCUGACGGCGGCGCGGCUGUGGCCGGUAGCGGCAGCGGCUGCUGCGCUGCGGUGGCGGCGGCAGCAGCGGUGUUGACGGAUGGUCCCGACCGUACCACGGCACCCGCUUACGAGACUAUGGAAGAGGUUCUGUCCCGCAUGCGCGGUCUGUCGCUUCUGGAUGUGUCGGUGUGGGAUAACCUGCAUCAGCCGGAGAAGGACGCGCCGUUCAAGAUCCGUGGCCCCACCUACUUGAAGGACCGUAAGAAGAUUCCCGCGGGCAACAGCAAAUUCGUGUUGGGGUCCAUGGACGUCAUUCAGCAGCCCCCCGGUGUGCUGCAUGAGCACGUAGCCAGGUUCAUACCUGCCAUCAGGCAGUCGGGUGCCCCCUUCUCUGUGGUGGUGCACCUGGUGAUCCCGGGUACUCCCCUGCUGGGUAUUGUGGCCACGUACAUGACCAGCUCCAACGCCGUACGCAAUCACAUGCUCAAACUCAUCCCGCACAUCGCCGACGGCUCCUGGAUGAUCAAACAGUCGGUGGGCACCACCCCGGUCAUAUUGGGGAAACAGCUCAAGACGACCUACUACGAGACGCCGCAGUACAUUGAGAUUGACAUCGACAUCUCAGCUAACAAUGUGGCAUCGUACGUUACGGGCCUGGUUCGCGGCGCCACGCGAUCGCUGGUGAUUGAUAUGGGCUUCGUGCUGGAGGGUACUACCCCUUGGGAGCUCCCGGAGGCGCUGCUGGGCACCCUUCGGCUGUACAAUCUAGAUAUCCGUACCGCCAAGCUGAUUGAUGUACGGCAGGAAAUUCCUCUGCGGCCCCCCAACAUGGCGCCGCCGCCGCCGCUGCGGGGCCACCCGUACACAACCUCCGUACCCUCCUCUUCCAGCAUUGGCGGCGGCGGCGACGGCGCUGCUGCUGUUGCUUCCGCCGCCACCGCGGCCGUCACCGCCGGCCCGUGCAGCCCCAGUGCCCCUCGUCGUGCGUCUCCGACGUCCUCCGUGUCGAUGUCGAUAUCGAGGACGAGUGCCAACGGCGGUGCUGACAUCGCUACGGGUACGACUACGGGGCCGCGGCAGUCAAGUUUCACUGGGAAGCUUUCAGGCAUCGGCGGCAGCGUUAGCAUCGGCGGUAGCGGCGGUUCGAAGGGCCGAUCCGGCAAUGUCCUCCCCACAGCUGAAAGCACGCCCGCUACCUCCUUAGCGUCGGACAGCCUGCCCCACGGCGGCGACGGCCCCGUCGGCCCCGUCACAGCUCGCUCCGCCAGCGCGCGGCACACGCCGCAGCCCUCACGCAGCUUCGCAGGUGCCGCCAGCACCGGCGGCGGCGGCGGCACCGCCGCCGCCACCACCGGCGGCAUCGCUGACGUCACCACCCCACCGCGUUUCUGA